AUGCAGCCUAUGGAUCAGGGCAUCAUAAAAAAUUUAAAGGUUCGCUACAGAAAACGUGUUGUAUUAACAAUUCUACAGUGUCUGGAAGAGAAUUCGGUUCCUUGCAUUACUCUGCUCGACAGUCUCCGGGAACUGCGGAAAGCAUGGAGUGAUGUUACACAACAGACACUUGUUAACUGUUUUAAAAAGGCUGGUUUUGUAAAAGAUGCAUCUUGUUUGGAGCUAGAUAAUGAAUACCAAGAAGACGAAAAUAUGGACGAUGUAAAUUUUCAAAGUGAGUGGGGCAUUUUACAAAAUAAAAUGAACAUUCCUACCGACAGAGAUUUUAUGGAUUUUGUGUCAGUUGAUGACGGAUUUUUAGUGACUGAAUACUCGACAGAUGAAGAAAUUUUAUCAAAGAUAACGGAAAAAAGCGAAAAAGAUUCUGGUGAUGAAGAGGUAGAAAAAGAAUAA